GUCGACCAGCUGUCAGACAGAACGAUCAGUCUGUUUUGUUUUUGGUUUUUACAAGUGCUGCGUGCAGUAGAAAGUGGUGUUUAUUUGUAAAUAUUGUAAAAUUGUAAAUACAAAUAUUUUUGGUGUUUCUGUCAUCUGAUUUGUGAUAACAUUGAAAGUGAAAGUGUUUUAUGGAAAUACAGCUCGUUAUAAAGAAGAUUUGCGUUUCCAAAGGGUAGGUAAGCCGUGAUGGUGAUGGAAGCCGACCCUAUAGCUGGCAAACAUAAUGAUGAGAGAGUGCACGGCGCAGCGCUGAAAGCGCGGGCGGGUGGUGACGUCAUAACUCCCGAGCGCUCUGUUGGAACCCUCGACCUCAACAUGUCGUUCACGGCACCUUCGAACCUGGUGCUCACACCUGCACCCGAAUGUCGAAAGCUUUCCCGUGGAAUCUCCCGCGCGACAGACAACGAGGGUCUCGUGUGGGCAUUACGCAACAACACAGAGCCUGAACCUAACACGAUCAAUUCAGAUCACAUACUCUUGCUCCCAGAUAUAUCUGUCUACCCACCUGAUUUUCGAACGUUCCUAGAAAAGGACCUUCUAGAAACAGCUACUCUAGUGACCCUAGAGUCAGCUAACAUACUGAACUGGUGGCGCCACGGCCGAGUCCCCGGGGCUCCCCGGCUACUGCCUCUAGCGACCUCAGGCGAUGGCAAUUGUUUGCCGCACGCAGCUUCGCUCGCGGCGUAUGGCUUCCAUGACAGACUGCUGGCUUUGAGGACUAAAGUCCAGGCUUUGUUAUCUGGGGAAGGUGGUGAAGUACUUACAAACGCAAUAAAACGCCGCUGGCGCUGGUCAGAAAGCAUAUCCCUCCGUUCAGCCGGGCUAACUCCCUCGGAAGCGGAGUGGGAACACGAAUGGGCGCAGUGCGUGACGGCCGCGUCGCCGGAGCCCGCGCGAGCCACGCCGGCCGCGGCGCCACAUUACGCAGCUUUAGAACAUUUGCAUGUGUUCGCUUUGGCACAUGUUAUGAGAAGACCUGUUAUUGUGUUUGCUGAUGUCGCUUUGAGGGAUUUCCGCGGCGACCCAAUAGCACCGAUCCCAUUCGGCGGCGUGUACUUACCUCUAGAGUUAUCCCCGGACGCCUGCAGCAAGACGCCCAUACUCCUAGCGUAUGAUGCAGGCCACUUCUCCGCCUUGGUGCCCUGCGAACCUCUGCCCACUGAUGGCGCGAGAGUGCCCUUAGAAGAUAGCGCUGGAAACCCUAUGCCUAUUAGAUUCAACGUAGACCCCGGCGAAGACUUCAGAUGGGACGUAGAACCCGAUCAGAAGACGAUCAACAAUAUUCUACCAGACGAAUACCAACGCUCUUCCAUGCUAGCCGCGUACUUAGACCUCGAGCGAAUCGAGUGUAUCUCCCUGAACCAACCGCCUGAGGAACUCCGAAGAUCCUUGGACGCACUUUCGACCAAAAGUUCCAAACAAAUGAACUCUGUAGCCAAACAGUUCGGAAGUAUUGGUCGGUCUAUGAGCAGUAAGUUGAAGAAGAAUUUCGGCUCGAUGGCAAAGUUGACCGGCAAAAGUAGUGGGAGUCAUAGCAAUCCUGAGGAGAGUUUGAUGAGGACGCAGUCUACUUGUGAAGUUUUGUGCUGCCGGGUGUUGGCAGCCAGAGCGCCCGUGCAAGAGGAGAUGGUCAAAAAUUAUCUCAAUGAGGCUUGGAUUGGGUACACCGCCGAAAAGAACCGCAAAGAACAACCAGUAGGGCCAAGCCAGCCCCGCUACGGCACCGGCCGGUCACAGUUCUAUGCCGAAGCCGAACGGCCGGCACACGACGCUGCCCGCGCGGCCACCAGCACGUCACAUAAGAGCGCCCGAGCCCCGGCUGACAGAACAUUGUACCUCAGCCGCUCGACCUUCUACGACGACCGUCCCCCCUCCCCCAAGCCCUGCCGAGCCCCCCUCUGCAUGUACUACGGCAGUGCCGCCAAUGGCGACUACUGCUCCCGAUGCUCACGACUACAGUGACCACCAAAAGUGAUAUAAACUUUACGUGACGUAAGUAAAGUGAAGCUAUUUUUAUUUCUUUAAAUAUCGAACGGGGUUCCGAAUUUAAAAUUUGAAAUUAUAGCAAUUCUAAUUUUAUUUUUUUAUUCAAACGAUAUUUUUUGAUGCCCAUUGUCUCUCAUACUAACAUGAAGUUAGGUUACGUUAAGUUUAGCGUUAACUUUCGAAUUAGGCUUAUAUUACUUUAAUUAUUAAUUAAAAAGUAAUAAUAUCGUUUGCGUGGGUGAUAUUUUUUUAUUGUUACUUAGAUUUAGUAAGUCACCUUUGUGUUUGCCCCACCAUUAUUAAUAAUGCAUAAUAAGUAAGUGAGCACAGAUAAUAUCUGUGAUUUAUUAAUUAUAUCAUGUUACUGUCAUUAUCAUAAAAACCAACCAUAGGCGUAUUAAGGUUCAUAACUGUAAUACUUAAAAAUCAACUUAGUAAUAUCUGGCGAGGACAACCAUUAAACUGUCCUAGAGUUCUUCCCUACAAUAACAACGAUAUAAACUUAAAUAUUCACUCCCUUAACAUGGAAUACGCCUGUGGUCUGAAUGAUCUUUGCGACUGUUAUAUUAUCAAGUGCCAAAAAGUGGCUUCUAAACGUAUUUUACAAAAGUAUUUGGAGGAUGUAAAUGUCUAUGAAUGUUUAAGUAACAAAUUGUGUUCAAAAUUCAGUGCCAGGUUGAAACGGGAAGUAAAUUUUGGACAAUACGGCGACUUUAACGCGAUCCAUACAUUUAUUUGAAUAAAUAUAGUAUUUAAUAAUAUGGCAAGUGUAAAACAGGGUCAGAUCUGUUUAGACACUGACGUGUAUACCUUUAAAUUAUGUUGCCUUUAUAAUCGUGUCUUCUCGCAUUGAAAAAUGUACCAUGAGUAUUUUUAUUAUAUUUUAAAUUGAAAAUUAUAUUUAGAGUGUAAUUGUAAUAAAUUUUCAAAUGUAUUGGCGGCUAAACUAUCAGACUUAUAUAAAACAUAGAGAGGAUGAUAAAAU